AUGAGGAGGUCAUCCAAAAAUUCGGGUGCGGCGCACAAGAAGGGGGAAAGCCGUUUGGGGCCACCCAACGCGUCGCAUCGGCAGGAGAAGGACAAGCGGACAGCUCCAAUGAAGCAACACAACCAAAGCGGGAGAAGCGGCCAGGGCGGACAAAGCAGGAAGGGCAACGAAACCAAACAGAACAUGUCGACCAAGACGAUAACGCCGACGAAACCGAUGAAGCAGACCAAGCCCACCAAACGGAGCGAUCAAUCCUCGCAGUCCACCAAAUCAACGCAAUCGUUCCCUUCGAGGCGACAUGCAGAAGGGCCUCAAGGAAAGGGGUCUCACGAAAAAGAUAAGCACCCCAGGGGGAAUAAAAACACAAAGAAGAAUUCCUCAAACGAUGUAAUCGUGAGACAAAAAAUGGAAGCUGCGAAGAGGGAAAAGAUUAAGAGAGAAGGGGGUGGGUGCUUCCUAUGUUUCUGUUGUGGAAACAAUGAUGACGAUGAUAUGCUGAACGAACUAAUUUUGGAGGAUGAAGGAGGCAGAGAAAAGGCAGAGCGUGAGAAAAGGAAGAAGGAACAGGAGAAAAAGCCGAAGGAGGAGGAAGAGAGACAACAGGCAAGGGGGGAACGACUGAGUAUGCUGGAGGAGGAAGACGUAAUGAAGCGUCUAAUCGAAGCAGCCGCAGAGAGGAAGACAGAGGAAGAGAAAAAAAAAGUUGCAGAUCUGGAAAAACCAAAAGAAGAGACAAAACGAGGUUCCCGUUUAAUCUUAAAAGAUAUAAAACCUAAAUUACUGCAGAAGAAAAAACCCAAGUUUAGUUUCCUUGGAGCAGCAUCAGCUCCUCCCCCCCCUGAGGCCUCAGCCUGUGUAGGACCCCCACCGGAAGUUAAAUCAACAUCCGUACCACUAAGAGAAGGAAUCUAUUUAAUAUACACUGAGGAAAACAACGGACAACUAGAAUUACAUUAUUCCAAGAAAGCAAUAAAAGGGAGAGGAGUAUUAGCCUAUAUAUUCUCAAGUACCAUCCCAGACUUUUAUUUUGUGGAAAGAAACAUGAAACAGAUUUUACUCAAAGAUGUGGCGAAGAUAAUGCAGAGCAGCUACGUUAAUGAUUUAAAGCCUUAUUACGAAUGUGUGAUUAACUUCAUGAAGAUAAAAAAAAAGUUCAACGGUGUUUUAUACUUCUUACCAGCCUUCGAUGCGCAGCCCCCCCCCAAAUUGGAUGUCAUUUUUUUUGAUUCCAAACAGAAGAAGCUCCACUAUGCCCCCAUUGAGAAAGAGAUCGAAUUCAAAGGCAACUUCAUUUUCGUCAUUCAAAAGGGGCUCCCAAUAUUCCAGGAGGAAAUCGACACGGAGAAGCUCUGCACCUACGCGUGCAGCUUCGGGGCGUUUCAGUGCAUCGAGUGA